CACCUUCUUUCCCUAAAUCUCGCAUAUCUGGUGCCAUCCUAAAAUUGAUAUCAGAAUCUAUUAUGCAUUCAAACAUUGAAAUCGGGUUUCUCUCCCCCUUUCUCUAAAGAAACCCACUGUCACCACCAACGCCGCUGCUUACCACCACCUUCGUCAUCUCCAUAAAGCCACCUCUGGUACUCUUCAAACAAUCUCUCCAUCAGCCAAUGUCGGUACUCCUCUGAUUAUCUUACCAAUCUCGAUCGACAUCUCAACUUUCAUUUUCUCAAAUCCCCUGAUUGAUUCAUAGUUUCUGGUCACAUAUGAGUCAUGAAGACAUCUGACUUUCUGACUACAUGCACUCUUUAUGGUGUUUUGGUUCAUGUUGGACAGAGCUCACAUUUUGGCCACUAUUACUACUUUUUUGAAGUAAUCAGGCAAUUCAAGGUAUUGUUUUUGAAAUUUAUGGUGGGAAAACAUAGGAAGAAGAGGUUUGAAGAACUUUUGAUUGAUAGGGUGCCCAUCAUUUCCCGAGGACAAUACUCCAAUGGCAAGAACAAUUAUAUGAUUUGUAGAAUGCUAGAUGAUGAGAUAGUGAGGUCAAGAAGUUGAAACAUGGAGCAUGGUGUUGUCCUUCUCUCUGAAAUCUAGGGCAAAGGUUUUUAUCUACUUGAAUUAUAAUUUUUUUCUUAUUAGAACAUUGUACUUAUAAAACUGUUCCAUCUAUAACAACGAAAAUUGCUUUGUAUCCGACAAUACUAUAAUUAGGUAUAUUUUGCAAAGUUCAAUGUAUGAAAAUACAUUGUUA